UUUUAAACGAUAAAAAGAGAAGAGUAAUUGCAUUUAAGAACAAAAAUAGAAACCCUUUUAGCGUUUAUAUUCUCCCCGUUAAUUUCGUGGCCGAUAUCACAAUUUUCUUCCGGGGUCGAAUAUUUUACUUACACAGCGAACGAGAGAGAAAGAAGAGAAGAAAAGUUUCUCUCUUUGUGCUCUGUGAAACCAAAAUUGAAAAUCCCAUUUGUAAUCAUAAAUCUUCGUUUUCUCCCAUGAAUUAAACCUUUAUGUUUCUUCUCUCUUGAUUCUACCAUUUCACUGUUACGCAUUUUUUUUUCUCCCCAGAUUGAUUUCCUUUUUAAAGUUUUUGGUUUACGAGAGAAAAACGGAAUUUGAAGGGUCUAGCUUUCUUGGGAUCUAUCAGAUUGUCUUCAAUUAUAAUGCUUUCGGGUUUAAACAGAUUUUUUGUUAAUGUAAAAAAAACAACAUUAACAAAAAUCCAGUGAGGACGAAUUAAAAUCUGCUCUUCUUCAGUGUUACUAAAGGACUUGAUUUUGGUGCAAGUUUGAUUGAUCAAUACCAUUAUGGAUACGCAUCCUCUCUGAUCCAAUGGGGAAACGUUUCUGACAUUCAAUGGAUCCCCAAGCUUUUAUCCGCCUUUCAGUAGACUCUCUUGCCUUAAGAAUCCCCAAGUUCCUCUUAAACUCUUCUUCAAGAUCCGACGAGAAGAAGAACUUUGCUGCUCAAUGCUCCUGCGAGAUAAAACUCCGAGGCUUUCCCGUUCAGACAACAUCUGUCCCUUUGAUGCCUUCCCUAGACGCAGCUCCUGACCAUCACAGCAUUUCCACAAGCUUUUACCUCGAAGAAUCUGAUUUGAGAGCUCUCCUGACCCCUGGAUGCUUCUAUAAUCCAAAUGCUCACUUGGAAGUUUCGGUUUUCACGGGUAGAAAGAGUUCGCAUUGCGGAGUUGGUGCUAAAAGACAGCAGAUUGGGAUGUUUAAGCUGGAGGUAAGUCCUGAGUGGGGAGAAGGGAAACCGAUGAUUCUCUUCAAUGGCUGGAUCGGUAUUGGGAAGAACAAGCGAGAUGGUGGUGCAGAGCUUCAUCUGAGAGUGAAGCUGGAUCCUGAUCCUCGAUAUGUUUUCCAGUUCGAGGAUGUUACUACUUUGAGCCCUCAGAUAGUUCAGCUUCGUGGCUCGGUCAAGCAACCUAUCUUCAGCUGCAAAUUUAGCCGAGACAGGGUGUCACAGGUGGAUCCUUUGAACGGGUACUGGUCAAGUUCAGGGGAUGGAACAGAGCUUGAGAGUGAGAGACGCGAGAGAAAAGGCUGGAAAGUGAAGAUACAUGACCUCUCUGGCUCAGCGGUUGCUGCAGCUUUUAUAACAACUCCUUUUGUGCCAUCCACUGGCUGUGACUGGGUGGCCAAGUCUAACCCUGGUGCUUGGCUCGUGGUCAGGCCCGACCCGUGCCGACCAAACAGCUGGCAGCCAUGGGGAAAGCUCGAAGCUUGGCGGGAACGCGGGAUCAGGGACUCUGUCUGUUGCAGGUUCCAUCUCCUGUCGAACGGGCAAGAGGUUGGAGAUGUUUUGAUGUCAGAGAUCCUCAUCAGCGCAGAGAAAGGCGGGGAGUUUCUGAUCGACACGGAUAAGCAGAUGCUGACGGUCGCAGCUACGCCGAUCCCAAGCCCGCAGAGCAGCGGAGACUUCUCCGGUUUGGGACAGUGUGUCUCCGGAGGAGGGUUUGUGAUGAGCUCGAGGGUGCAAGGGGAAGGGAAAAGCAGCAAGCCCGUGGUGCAGUUGGCUAUGAGGCAUGUAACUUGUGUGGAAGAUGCAGCCAUUUUCAUGGCGCUUGCUGCAGCUGUUGAUCUUAGCAUUCUUGCUUGUAAACCUUUCAGGAGGAUGAGCCGGAGAAGGUUCCGGCAUUACUCCUGGUGAUAGAAACGGAACUGAUCAUUUUCUUUGUGGUUUUUUUUUUUUUUUGUUCUGUGUAUAGUUUAUGAAUUGGAUACCCCAAGUCAUUGGUAUUAGGAAGAAAAACUGGCUUAAGUUUAAGAAAUUUAACCCAUCUCUGCUUUUAGACUAUCUAUAAUUCAUCACCUGCUCCAUCCUUGUCUGCCAUUAACAUGUCGUGCAUCAGCUU